AUGGCCUCCGCAAGCCCAGUUGGAGUGUGGAAACCCGUGCCACCUGGAAGCAGAGCUCGUGCCUCCGGCUCCUGCUUUAGUUGUCGUGAGAGGAAGCGAAGGUGUGACAAAUCAUUGCCUACAUGUUAUCUCUGUCGUCGCAAAGGCAUAGGAUGCUACUAUCCCCAGCACCGCGGUCAGAAGAACCCCUCACCGAUUGAAGAUGGGCCCAGUCUCGGAAAUGUCACAGCGGGAGGGGCUUCAGAGACCACUCAGCCUGAAAAAGGACAAGAUUUGGUCAACGCGGAGGCAAUUCGCUUUCUGGCCCCAGACCUCUUUCGCGACAUGAAUCUACAGAUCCCCCGUCAUGAAUGGCAGAUGCCAGCUGAGAUUGAGGCACAACUGGGGAGUCAGCAACAGAUGCAAGAGACGACCAAGGCAUUCUUGCAGUUGACGAAAUCGUGGAUGCCUAUCGUCAACGGGAAGCGUCACCUGGCUGCCGCGUUGAAUCCCCUAGUUCCACUCCGCCGUCCAACAGCCCUCUUAGCACUGUGCAUGAAGCUGUGCUGUCUGCCUGUCGACAAAGUUGAAGAGAAGCGCGUGCUGUACGAGCUUGUGAAGAAACUGUAUGCGGAAGUGGAGCGUCAAGAGGACUCAUGCUUUCAGCUCAUGCAGUCGGCGGUCUUCAUUGCUGUGUUUGAGAUGGGCGAUGCUAUCUUCCCAGCCGCUUACUUGACUGUCGGGGCUUUGGCAAGGUAUGGUAUGGCUAUGGGGAUGAAUAAGAUCAACCAGACUGCGCUGGGUAAGAAUUGUGCUGCAACUGUAGGUGCCUCGUGGGCGGAUAUCGAGGAGAUGAGGAGGGUUUGGUGGGGGGCGUUGAUCCUAGACCGUCAUCAUCUCCCGAACAUGCCACUCGCAUAUCUGAGGGUUUCACCUUCAAGAUGGGAUCCUUCGCAAGGCUAUGCCAAGCCAUGCACCUCAUUAGCAAAUCCCUCUCAUUCUGUCGCAUUGCCUCUACCAGCAGCGACCAAGUUCCACAAGAUAGUUCGCUUGAGGAAGUGGGACAGCUCUGCCGUACUCUUGAGUCCCUAG